AGAAGAAGCUAAAGAAAUUCUUCUAAACAACCACCAAAUCUUUGCUAAAAAUAUUUCUGAAGAAAGACAAACUUUGAAACUAGGACAAACCAAAGAAGUUAGCUAUGAAAUUAAUACUCCUG